GUUGGAAUUGUUGGAGAAAUAAGGAAGAAAUCAGGAGUAAAAUGGAGGAGAGGGGAGAGAGAGAAGACGGGGGAAAUAAGAAAUAGAGAGUAGAGAGUAGAGAGUAGAGAGAGAGAGAGAGAGAGCAGGUUGAUUGUUGAAGAAGAUAAGAAAUGACGUUGAACGCGUCGGCGUCGGCGUCGGCGACAUUUGCAAAACCCUUGUGUCCUCGUCCUCGUUGUAAAACCCUAGUCAAGAAGCCAUUCCUUUUAUGUUCUUCCAGGCUUGUUUUCAUUACAAAUUCACGUUCUAAGGCCAAUUCCAAAACACUUACCACCAAACCCAACAAGCUCAAAUUCAGGCUUUCUACUUGUAGAGCUUCAACUUCCAGUUUCAACUCGGUUCAACUUCCACAACAACAAGAUGAAGAAGACGACCCCGAGUCAACUCGGCUAUUCGAGAAGUUGAAGGAUGCAGAGAGAGAUCGGAUAAAUAAAUUGGAAGAGCUUGGGAGAAAGGCUGAUAUUCAGUUAGAAAGGCAACUUGUUAUGGCUUCAGAUUGGAGCAGGAAGUUGCUGACCAUGCGCGGAAAAUUAAAGGGAUCCGAGUGGGACCCUGAAAACUCACACAGAAUUGACUACAGUCAAUUUUUGAGACUUCUCGACUCAAAUAAUGUCCAAUUUAUGGAGUACUCAAAUUAUGGGCAGACAAUAUCAGUGAUUCUCCCAUACUACAAAGAUGGAAAAAUGGAAGGACCAGGAAAUUUGAAGAAAGAAAUAGUCUUUCGGCGCCAUGUGGUUGACCGUAUGCCAAUUGAUAGCUGGAAUGCUGUUUGGGGAAAGUUGCAUCAACAACUUAUUAAUGUUGAUGUCCUUAAUGUGACCGCGUUCCUGCGCUGAAUCAGCUCCACUAUCGCAACUGCAGUGGUGUGGUCGAUGCGACUUGCUCUUUCUAUUGCAUUAUAUGUUUGGAUUGAUAAUACGAUGAGACCGAUUUAUGCAAAGUUAAUACCUUGUGAUUUGGGUACUCCUCCUAAAAAGACAAGGGAGCCUUUGAAGCGUCGUGCUCUUGGAUCAUUAGGCAAGAGUCGGGCAAAAUUUAUAUCUGCGGAAGAAAGUACUGGUGUUACAUUCGAUGAUUUUGCUGGGCAGGAAUAUAUAAAGAGGGAAUUGCAAGAGAUUGUUCGAAUACUAAAGAAUGAGGAAGAGUUUCAGAAUAAAGGCAUCUAUUGCCCCAAGGGUGUGCUCCUUCAUGGGCCUCCUGGUACUGGUAAAACACUUCUGGCCAAAGCAAUUGCUGGUGAAGCUGGACUUCCUUUUUUUGCAGCUAAUGGUACUGAUUUUGUAGAGAUGUUUGUUGGUGUGGCUGCAUCUCGUGUGAAGGACCUUUUUGCUAGUGCCAGAUCAUUUGCACCUUCUAUCAUUUUCAUUGAUGAGAUAGAUGCUAUUGGUAGCAAACGUGGUGGACCUGAUAUUGGUGGGGGUGGUGCAGAGAGGGAACAAGGCCUGCUUCAGAUACUAACCGAGAUGGAUGGAUUCAGAGUGUCAACCUCACAGGUGCUAGUUAUUGGUGCAACAAAUAGAUUGGAUAUUCUUGAUCCUGCCCUGUUGAGGAAAGGCCGUUUUGACAAGAUUAUAAGGGUUGGUUUGCCUUCGAAGGAUGGUAGAUUGGCCAUAUUACAGGUUCAUGCUAGAAAUAAGUUUUUUCGUUCAGAGGAGGAGAAAGAGACAUUACUGCGAGAAAUUGCAGAGCUUACAGAAGAUUUCACUGGAGCCGAAUUGCAGAAUAUACUGAAUGAAGCUGGAAUUUUGACUGCCAGGAAGGAUUUAGACUACAUAGGAAGAGAAGAACUUCUUGAGGCUUUGAAGAGGCAAAAGGGCACAUUUGAAACAGGUCAAGAAGAUAGUACAGAAAUCCCAGAGGAAUUAAAACUGAGAUUGGCAUACAGAGAAGCAGCUGUUGCUGUUCUUGCAUGCUACUUUCCAGAUCCCCACCGUCCUUUCAUUGAGACAGAUAUCAAUUCCAUCUGUAGCCAGCCAAAUAUGCGUUAUAUGGAAACAUCGGGAAGGGUUUUUAGAAGGAAAGAAGAUUAUAUGAACUCUAUAGUUGGUGCAUGUGCUCCUAGAGUAAUUGAGGAGGAGAUGUUUGGCAUUGAUAAUUUGUGUUGGAUCUCUUCAAAGGCUACAUUAGAAGCUUCGAGACUUGCAGAAUUUUUAAUUUUGCAGACAGGGAUGACAGCAUUUGGGAAGGCUUAUUAUAGAAAUCGUGGAGAUCUAGUGCCAAAUCUUGCAGCCAAACUUGAAGCUCUCAGAGAUGAGUACAUGCGCUUUGCAGUGGAGAAGUGUUCAGCUGUACUGAGGGAAUAUCAUUCUGCUGUAGAGACCAUCACAGACAUUCUACUUGAGAAUGGAGAGAUCAAAGCUGAAGAAAUAUGGGACAUCUACACAAGGGCUCCUCGAAUACCUCAGCCUGCUGUAAGUCCAGUUGAUGAAUAUGGAGCCUUAAUAUAUGCUGGACGAUGGGGAAUCCAUGGCAUUUCACUUCCGGGAAGGGUGACUUUUGCACCUGGAAAUGUGGGAUUUUCAACUUUUGGUGCUCCUCGUCCGAUGGAGACCCAAAUUAUCAGUGAUGAAACUUGGAAGCUAAUAGAUGGAAUUUGGGAUAAAAGGGUUCGGGAAAUUAGAGCUGAAGCCUCUAUGGAGAUCGCAGAAGAGAAGGAGAAACCACAGCUUUUGUUGGCCAGUCAUUUCCUAUGACUAUGAAUGUGAUGUUCAUCAUAUGUUUUCUAGUUGGGUGGAAUGAAGGUGCUACUCUUCCACAAGACCUGGAGGUACGAAAGGAAAAAAUAAUAAAAAAAAUCCCCACCAUCACACCAAGCAAAUUGGCUGUCUACAUGGAUAUUUCUUUGGGUUUGCAUCAUUAGCUAUACAAGGAGCUGUAGGACAACAUUGUUGCGGUAAAAUGAAGAUUAGAAUUUCUUAUGCAUCUUUAAGCUGUAGCUUGAAAUAUAUGUUUAGAUGUCGCUCCAAACAUGUUUGAAUUUCCUACCAUGGGGGUGUCAUUUUUGAGUUGUGAAGCAAAGUUUUCCCGAAAUUGUUUUAAUAAUAUUUCAGAUGUGUCUUGGAAUGGAACUCUUAGCUUUGCCGAGGAGGCUCGGAAUUGUUCUACUCUGAAGAGCUGUUUGUAUCAUGUGGGGGAUAUUUCACAGGCAGUUGCAGCUCUCUUACACUAUUGUAAAUCUAUUAUGAUCAAUAAUGUAAUUAUUUUUAAAUCCAAAGUAAAAAUUAGAGAUUUAA